AGUGAAAGAGAAACUAGCGGUGUCGAGUGAACCUUGCACUGCUGUAGCUUGUUUUGGUUUUCAUAGGAAAACUGCACACAGCAGCAAACAGCUUCAUAUACAACUUUAUCUUUGAGAUUUGGAAGAUCUCUGUGAUCUAAGUUGAAGAAAUCCUAUGAACCUGCAUGAGUACUAUUGUCACCAGUGUUUUGCUUUCUGGGGGGUUUGGUGGAGAAAGCUGCAGUCUUCGUGAGCGUUUUGUUGUGCGUGCAGACUGUGCUAGCUCCUCUGCAUAUGAAUGGGAGGUUAAUAUUACUUGGCAGAAAACGUUGAAAGCAUGAAGACAAAAGGCAUUAAUAUGUUCUGAUCUCCUCUGGUUUUUAGUAAGAGGAUUUCCUGGGAGAGUCAGAAUGGUGCUCUUGAAAUAAAGCUGGCCCAGCAUUCAUUUGAAGCACAAGAACCCAGUUAUGCAGCACUUAGUCAUUGUUUAUACCUGAUGCCAAGCAAUUUUUGGUAUCUCAUAUGAUGGAGAAUAAUGUUCUGAUGGGUAUGGGCAGCCAAAGUCCUGUUGACAUGGAUGGAUUUCCACCGUGUACAACAACAAAUGCACUUACGCAACCUGAGUCAUUUGACCUUAAUAACCAAAACCAUGUCAUGGCUGGUUUCCCAGUGCUUUCAGCAUUGCAAGGUGAACCUAUUAAUGGUCUCCAUGCUAAUCUUCACAUUCCAAGUGGUGUGUGCGUUGCUGAAUCGAAUGCAUUGCUUACAUUGCUAGGAAGACAUGUUGUGAGGGAUGCCACACCUUGCAGUCCACGCCUCACUGAUAACUCUGGGUUUCCAGACCAAGCAGCUGUAGGAACGAUUAUUUCUACUGCUUCACACCCUACAUUUCUACCUGCAAGAAGUGGUCUUCAAGAAAAUUUUAACAAUUUAGCAUUUUCAGCAGCUUCAAUCUGUCCUUUGGAAGUUUUACCAACUUAUGAUUCAAAUGGCAAUUCUAACGCUUUGUUUGCAACUUCUGUGAAAUGUGGAUACGAUAAUGUACUUGGUAGUAUGAACACCAAGUGGGAUAACAAGUACCCCGCUCCACUGGAGCUUGAUGGGAAAUCCCCUGUAAGAGCAGAGCUUCAGCCCUAUCCAUCUGCAGUAAAUUUGGUUCCAGAUGGAUGGAUGUCAUCAAAUCGUGGGCAUGUGACUGCAAAUCAUCCGUACAAUCCAUCCAAUUUUAAUAAUGAGCUCUCUCUAACUCUUGCUACAUCUGAGCCUUCUAUUCUCAGGGAGAUUAAUAUCCCGGAUCGGCCCUCAGAAAUGGGCAUGUCUGAUGUAACUAGCCAUUGCUUGAAUAAAAAAAGGUUAAGAUCUCAGCCAAUGUCUUGCAACAGUACGGAGAUUUCCUUAAAUUUUGGUUCUUACAAUCCGCCUCAAUUCUCUCAAGGGGUAUUAGGACCAAGAUAUCUUCAUGUAAUUAAACAGAUAUUUGCACAGAUUGCAAAAUAUUCUCUAGAAAAUCUAGAUCAUUUGAGUUAUCCAACGGCUCCAUUCUCUUCAAAUUUCGCUGCUGGAAGAUGGAUGCCAUCAAUUUUUCCUGAUGUGGAUGGUGGAUUUGAGCUUCAAAUGGAGUCCACAUUGCGAAGAUGGACAGUUGAAGCAAAGAAAACCCAUCUGCUGACUCUGCUACAGGUGGUUGAUGACCGUUGCAACCAAUGUAUGGAUGAGAUCCAUACUGUGAUAUCUGCAUUUCAUGCUGCUACUGAGUUGGACCCUCAGAUAGAUGCUCGGUUUGCUCUGCAAACAAUCUCUUUCUUUUACAAAAACUUGAGAGAGAGGAUUAGCAACCACAUCCUUGCAAUGGGACCACAUUUUAACAGCACAUGCAAGAAAGAGAAGGAAAGAUCUUUUGAAACUUCUUUCAUCCAAAAGCAAUGGGCUCUCCAGCAACUAAAAACUAAAGAUCAUCAUAUAUGGAGACCCCAACGAGGCUUGCCUGAAAGAUCUGUCUCAGUUUUACGGGCAUGGAUGUUUCAGAACUUUCUUCAUCCGUAUCCUAAAGACGCAGAGAAGCAUUUACUUGCAGUAAAAAGUGGAUUGACUAGAAGCCAGGUAUCCAAUUGGUUUAUAAAUGCUCGGGUUCGUCUGUGGAAACCAAUGAUUGAAGAAAUGUAUGCCGAGAUGAAUAGAAGAAAGGGGCGACGGGAUGAGGAAGGAGCCCAAAGCAAUCACAGAAGCCACAUAAGUAUCAGCAACCGUAGAUCUAAUGCGAGUUGAAGCUGAAGGAAGAAAGGUGAAAGAAGCUCCGGGGCAAUGCAAGAGGGACUCAAGGGGCUCCUUGGGCUGACACUUACUUGAGAUGGCCUGUACAAGCCAUAUCCCAUUAGGAAGUACUCCAAUGGUAUCAACAUGGCAUGGGGCUGCUCUUCUGUCACCAUUGACCCGCAAGCCUGAACCUGUGGUUUCCCAGUACCAUCCAGUAAAUAAAGCUAGCUUCUCAUGCCAGCUUAAUAUAAAUGCAUAAAAAUCAUAGGAUAGACAUGUUACAUACCUCUACUAAAGCACUGUAUCGUCUAUCUAGAUUGGAAGUCAUGUGGAGAGCCUCAGAAUGAAAUGGAGAGUUAUCCCCGACAAAGAUGAGCGAACGACAUUGUAGUUUUCUUAAUCCGUUGGUAAGGUCAGGUCUCCUGCUAGAUGUAAAAGAUAAAGUUAAUCCAAA